CUUGUUAUUAUGCUGCUCAUAGGGAUUCAGUUCAGUUGAAAUUUACAUUUUAACAGAUUGAUUAGAGUUUUAUACAAACGAAUACAGACAAAAUAUCCAAAAAUACAUGAAAUAGUAUUGAAAAUAACUAAAACCAAAAAUUCGAUUAGAAAAUAUGUUUGAGGGCAUAAGUUUUUUGUUCUUGACCGCCUUGGCCUUUACGGCUUGGUCGGUUCUUUGCUAUUUCGACUUGAUUCAACAACAUAAACGCCUAAGUGACUACCAGGUGGAGCUCUACACAGAACAUCCUGGGCUCACACAUGUACCUCAAUAUUGUGCAAAGGAGAUUUCCAAAGGAAAAAGCAUACCAUAUCGUUUCUUUGAUGUACUGAUCAAUUUAGGUUUCGUUGUCGGUGGUUGCUUUAUACUGUUUAAACUGCUGCAGUGGCUCGAACUACAGGCCAUAUGGAAUCCGUCCCGCGAUGAGUCCCGGCCGGCCACAACUAAAGUCACACUACCGGCCCUGGAGCAAAAAGAGGUAGUCGAACAGGAGAAGGAAAACGGUACCGAAUUAAAGGAUCAGUUGAAUGUAUUGCAAGAACAAUGCUCAGAAAUGAAGGAGCUACUGCGAGAACUGCGUGUCAGCAACAGUUAUACAUCCCAGCACGAAACCAACAGCAAUAGAAGUACCAGUAGCGAUGCGGAAACCGAUAUCAUAAUGUGGAAAUCACCGAUUGUCUCCAAUUCUGUCAAAUCCAUAUCCUCGAACUCAUCCAUAGAUAUUUCGUCCACAUUGCCGGCAGCUUGUCGUGCUGAGGCAUCGUUAGCAACAUCCUUAUCGCCACCAUCACCAACGACACAAAAUGUUUUCAUAACUAACAGUCACAUUCAUAUCAAUGGACGAGUUUAUAUAUCCCAAAGAAAUGUCAAUAUUGAUCUCUGCCGUCAGGCCUCGAUGUAUACCAGGAAACAGAGUGAAUUCCUUCAGGUUUGGGAUAAAUUCAUUGCUGGACCUAAAGAGCAACCCAUGUUAGCGGGCGUGCGAUGUAAUAAUCUAUUAAUGUGAUAAAUUGACGCGCAAUUUGAUCUAAAUUUCAAAAUGUUAUUGUAAAACAAUACAAAAAAAAAUACAACGGGGAAUAAAGAAUAGCAAGAAUAAGUA